CAAGUUUUCUGCAAUAUGAACAGAAGGCAAAAUUGUGAAGGCAUGAACAGGGCGGGCAUUUCCAAGCCACAACUUCUAUGUCUACUUCUAUUGGGGGGGAUUCUGCUCUUCUCGGCUGAGGGGACCUCAAAGCACCAUGUGCCAAGACUUAAACUGUCUUACAAAGACUUGCUGCUUUCGAACAGCUGCGUCCCCUUCCUGGGCUCGGCGGAGGGGCUGGAUUUUCGGACCCUGCUGCUUGAUGAAGAAAGAGGUCACCUCCUGCUUGGCGCUAAGGACCACAUAUUUCUGCUCAGCUUAGUCGACUUAAACAAAAAUGGAAAGAAGAUAUUUUGGCCCGCAGCAAAGGAAAAAGUGGAUUUAUGUAAACUAGCCGGGAAAGAUGCCCAUACAGAAUGUGCCAACUUUAUCAGGGUCCUUCAGCCUUACAACAAGACUCACGUUUACGCCUGCGGCACAGGAGCGUUUCACCCAGUCUGUGGCUACAUCGACCUUGGAACACACAAAGAGGAUGUCCUGUUCAGAUUUAAUACUCACAACUUGGAAUCCGGCAGGCUGAAAUGUCCCUUUGACCCACAGCAGCCUUUUGCAUCGGUCAUGGCAGAUGGAUAUCUUUACUCCGGAACAGCCUCUGACUUCCUUGGCAAGGACACGGCGCUCACCCGAUCUCUAGGCGUAUCGCAAGACCAGCAUUGCAUCCGGACGGAUGUGUCUGAGCACUACUGGCUAAACGGAGCAAAGUUUAUCGGAAUCUUUCCUAUCCCAGACACUUAUAAUCCAGACGAUGACAAAAUCUAUUUCUUUUUCCGAGAAGUUUCUCAAGAGACCAGCACCUCCGACCGAGCCAUUCUUUCCUACGUCGGCCGCGUCUGUCAGAAUGACAUUGGAGGUCAACGCAGUCUGAUCAACAAGUGGACAACAUUCCUGAAAGCCAGGCUGGUUUGCUCCAUCCCAGGUCCAGAAGGAGCUGAUACACAUUUUGAUGAACUCCAAGACAUAUUCUUACUUUCCACAAGAGACGAGAGGAACCCCAUGGUGUAUGGUGUUUUCACAACUACCAGUUCUGUGUUCAAGGGCUCAGCGGUUUGUGUCUACAGCAUGGCCGACAUCCGAGCAGUAUUCAGCGGCUAUUAUGCCCACAAAGAAAGCGUGGACCACCGCUGGGUUCAGUACGAUGGGCGAAUUCCCUAUCCUAGGCCUGGCACAUGUCCGAGCCGGACCUACGACCCCACGGUCAAGACCACCCGGGACUUCCCUGAUGACGUCAUUAGCUUCAUCAAGCGGCACCCCCUGAUGCACAGGGCGGCCCAGCCGGUGGGCCGGGCUCCGGUCUUCACCCAGGUCAACGUGGACCACCGGCUGACCCAGGUCGUGGUGGACCGAGUCAUGGCCGAAGACGGACAGUACGACGUCCUGUUUCUCGGGACAGGCCUUAGUCUUGAAACUAGUGACGAAAAGCUGAUUUUCGGCAUUGAAUUUAACUCAACGUUUCUGGAAUGUGUCCCAAAAUCACAGCAAGCUUCCAUCAGGUGGUUUAUUCAGCGUUCUGGAGAGGAGCACCGAGAAGAGCUGAAACCAGACGAAAGGGUCUUCAAGACAGAAUACGGGCUGCUAAUCCGUAGCUUGCAGAAGAAGGACACUGGGACAUAUUACUGCAAGGCACAGGAACACACGUUUGUCCACACCAUCGUGAAGUUGAACUUGAAUGUCAUCGAGAAUGGACAGAUGGAGAACAGUCACAGAGUGGAAGAAGAUCCAAGCCGGACGCGAGAUCUGCAGGCCGAGUCCCGGCUGAGAUACAAAGAUUAUCUCCAGCUGCUUAGCAGUCCCAGCUUCAGCUUGGACGAGUACUGUGAGCAGAUGUGGCACCGGGAAAAGAAACGGCAGCGUAACAAAGGCGGCCCAAAAUGGAAGCACGCUCAAGAGAUUAAGAAGAAACGGAACCGAAGGCACCACCAGCCCUCAUCCACAUAGCUCCUAGGUCUUAUUUAAGAGACUGUUGUGCCAUGCUUUUGUUGUUGUUGUUGUUGUGGGCUUUUUUCCAGCAAUGUUGCUUCUCAAAGAGCACAUCAUCAUCACUAAGGUAUUUGAGAUCUUUGGACAAAUACGCCAUUAAUGGAGGAAAGCCUUCGGGAUUUGUAUGUUCUUCAGUUCUGAACUGAGAUAAAACAAUGUUCUAUAAAGUUCCUUGAAAAAGGAGAUCCAGUGGCUUGCUUGCUUCCACAUGGUUGAACGAAAGGCCUGAGGAUUGAACUAUUAGGCUCAAGGAAACUAAAAGUAUAUGUGUGGCUGUCAGGCUGUGGCUAGAUUUCUUCUAGCCAUCCAUGUAGCCUUAUCCAGACCACACUUUGGGUCCACUCAGCUGCACCCACAAAUGUCCUGGCUGGAAUGGACACGCGAGAAAUGCCUUGAAUUGGGGAAGAAGAGCAAGGCUUCAUAUGUAAAACCAGUGUAAUCUUAGCUUCAUAGAAAGAAGGUGGACAUGACUGGCAACCAGUUUGACAGCUGUCUGUUGAAAAGAUACACUGAUGCAGAUUGGAACUGCCAACAGGGAAGACAAUUGAGCAAAAGGUUGGACUAGAAGACCUCCAAGGUCCCUUCCAACCUAUUACUCUAUGUUCUCAUAACCAGGAGGCAAGUGGGUGGCUAACGCAGGAUUCCUUUUAGUAAGGACAGGAUUUCUGGCAACACCUGUUUUCUUUGGAAGAUAUUUUUUUCUCCCUCUUCUCUGCGUCUCUCUCGCCCUGACGUGUUGACUCUUUGGCUGCUUUUCAAAUGUCUCUUUGACAUGAAAUCUAGUCUGAUUAAAUCUACCGGCAAAAGGAGGGAAGCAGCAUUGUUGAGAAGAUGUGGGGAAAACAGCUUUUCCCCCAGUAUGUUAGAAGCGGUAGCACAUUGGUGGAAAUUGUGUUUUAUAUUUUUAUUAAAAUAAAAUGACAACAAAGUCCAUGUGCAAAUAAUGCGCACAAAAGAGACGGGCAGCUUCAACAAUUUUGUAAAAUAUUCUCUUUUUAAAAAAAAAAAAAACUUUGUAACUUUUCGCUGCUUAAAUGAUUGGCAUGUUUUUGCAAAAGGACGCCUUAUUUUCAGUGGGCCGUUACUCUCAAGCAGACAAAUGGAACAGGCCAGCCAAAGUUACAAACCUGGUUUCACGGAAACUGGUUUGUAGCAUCAGGAGUGAGACCAAGGAGAACCUGGUUUGCUGAUUUUUCAGGCUGUUUUUGCACAAGCGUUGUCUUCUUGACGCCAAUUCUCCAUCUGUUGCCCUUACCUCACCUAACGUCCUGCUUUUCAUGCCUUUUGUUAGUGUGAAAUGACAAAUUAGCCAUUUUCCUUACACGGAGGAAGGUUUUGAUUGAUACCAAAAAUGACAGGUUUUUCUUAUUUCUCAUGUGUUCUCUUUCAUCUUGGGAGUAAAUUUUGUGGGAAAUCCAUGUAAUUGGCGUGGCAAUGAAACGGAGACUGGUAUUGGCUCCCAGCUUUGGGGGAAAAAUAGAUGCUUCCUUAUAUACUUCCUAUAUUUGUGUGUGUAAAGUUUUUUUAUUAAUAAUUGUGUGAUCAUAUUCUGCCUUGGAAGUUGGGUAAAGGGCUGCCUCUUUUGGAGGGAGGGGAAUAUAUGCGCUCGUGAGCCAUUUGGCCUUGCAUUUGACCUUGCAUUCAAAUAUCUAAUAUUUAAGCAUUGCUGGAGCCCAAAUCCAAAUUGACUAAAAAGUGUUACUGGAAUAAAAUACUGCUAAACAUCCCUAUCAUGAAGGUCAACUGUCCAACCCAAUGCAAUUUGGAACAGGGGGGAUUUUUUUUUUUUUUUGUAAAACAAGAGAUUUUUAUAAAACAGAACAGAAAAAGCAUUGAGGUCAGAUGGGGAUUUAAUUAAAAUAUGUUGCAGGUGGAUAGGAUGAAAUCAGGGCAUCCAAAUAGCUCAGUGGCUCCUGCGUAACACAGUGAAACUCCCAUGCAACUCCUAUUUUAAAAACUAAGUGGGGGUUAACUAUUUCAGCUAUGUUUGUAUGUUGUGGUCCAGGUUACUGGGUAAAAAAACAUCCAUGAAUAAAAUAAAACCGCAAGUAACUCUGGGGGUCAUUAUGGGCUCCCUU